UUUCAGGUUUCAGGAACCGAGUACAAGAAAAAUUUCCCAAAUUUGGAAAUUAUCGAAAAAGUACAAUAAUUCAAGGAAAUACAACGUUUGUUUCGAUACUGCGGUGUUUAUUUUUAAUCCAAUGUGACCGUCCGAGUUAUUUCAGCUACAUCUGGAUUAAAUUUUUUAGAAUAUGGGCCUGAAAAUGGACUGCCUGCUUGCCCAUUACACGACAAAGUUGACCGACAUCGAAGGCAACGUUUUCGAAUUGUUUUCCAAGUUUUACAGCUUCGAUUUAUCUCCCAUUGAGGCUUGGUUGGAGACCCAAUUUAAAACUAAAGUGAAAAAGGACGACGUCCUGUCCACCUACUACAGAAAAGAAGGCAACAAGUUUUACGCUAGAAAAGAUUUGCUUAAAAGUUUAGAGUUUUACACUAAAAGCUUAUGCUGUGCCACACCCAAUGGCAAAGAGUACGGACUAGCUUUGGCCAAUAGAUCAGCUGUUUCGUUUGAAAUGAAGGAAUACGAAAACUGUUUGAGAGAUAUAAAACUGUGUUUUCAAACAAACUACCCGAAAGAUUUGAGACCUAAAAUCUAUUUGAGAAAAGCUGAAUGCUUUUGGGAGAUUAGUCAGCAAGAGAAUUUGGACAAGUGCGUCAGUGAGGCUUUGAAAUUUCUCAAUUUGGAAAAUAUAGCUGACAAAGAAAAACACAUUUCGAAGCUGACCCAAAUGAAAAAAUCAACCCUAAAAAUGAAAACUAAAGAAAUCUGCGGCAGAGAAAACACCAACGACCUGCCAGAAUUGGAAGAAGGCGAAAACGAGCAUUUCAUUUACGCUUCAUCAAAAAUAAAAAUGAGCUACGACAAAACCAGAGGCAGGCACGUAACAGCAAGAAAAAAUCUCAAAAAAGGCGACGUUUUGUUUGUCGAAAAAGCCUUCUUCUUCGCACCAGUAUUUAAAGAAAACAAAGAAUUCUACUCUUUCAAAUGCUACAAUUGCCUCAAAGACAUUAUCAGUAGUAUCCCUUGCCGCUCUUGCACUUUGUGCGUUUACUGCAACGAAAAGUGCCGCACCUCUUCGUGGAACGACAGUCACAAAUGGGAAUGCGAAGGAAUGCAAGCUAGUAUUUGGUACGAUUUAGGCAUAGGAUUUCCUGCAUUUAAAGCCUUUUUAAAAGGAGUAAAAUCUGGAUUCAUAAACAUUAAAGCAGGCUAUGAAGAAGACCUAAAAAAUUAUGGCAACAAAGAUGACAAUUAUUCAUAUUUUAAUCGUUUAUUGUCUCAUAUUUAUAAAAACAAAAACGCUGGGCCAUAUAUUGUGAUGGCAGCAAUAGUUGUAACAUAUCUGAAAAACUACACGGAUUUUUUCGGGUGGUUUUUGCAACAACAAAAUUGUCCAAAAAAUGACUUGACCAAUCUUUUGAAAUAUGCUGGGGGCCUUAUAACAAAGCACAUCGCCCAAUUGUCUUGUAAUUCGAGCAUAAUCGAACAUUGGACUUACUCGUCUACUGACUUAUUAUUUCCUGACAUCCUCAUCACAAUUGCCUGCGGAAUGUUCCCUUCUGCUAGCAUAAUGAAUCAUUCUUGUAGACCCAAUGUGACUAUUUUUUUCAUCUGUGAUACUAUGGUGGUAAAAGCCUUAGAAGAUAUACAAGAAAAUGAAGAGGUUUUAAAUUGUUACGGCAUCGAUUAUAGGGGCAUGAACAGGGAACAAAGACAAAUUGCUUGCAGGAGUUUGUACCAUUUUGAGUGCAAAUGUGCCAUUUGUAUUGACCAAUCUAAGGAGGUGGAUAUGUUGGAUAGUUAUAUUUGCCCAAAAUGCAAAGGUUUAGUCCCAGAAAUCCCAAACGUAUCAUUUAUGUUUUGCCUAAGUUGCGGCGAUGAAUACUCGUUAAGGCCCUUCAGAAAAAUCAACAUUGAGGCGCGCAAGUAUCUUGAAAUUCAAGGUGAAGCUGUCAACAACCGCCAAUUGGAAAUUCUAAUAAAGUGUUUAAAAAUAAGAGAAAAAAUCUUGUACAAGCAUCACAAAGACUUUGAAGAAGUCUACUACAGGUUGUACAGUUACUACGUUGAAAUUGGUGAUGCUGAAAAUAUGUUCAAGUAUUUUCACUUGUGGCUGGAAAACGAAAAGGCGAGGCGAGGCGAAAACUCGCGAGGCAUUGGCACUAAGCUUUACGAAGCGGCCCUGGCGAUUUUGCAUUGUUUGCAAGGAGGGCAUCCAAAAAAUUGCACCAAUUUGAAGUCCUUUUUACAAAACGUCGAGCACAUGAUAAGGGAGGCCAAAGUGGUACUGAAUCUGUAUUAUCCAGCUUAUAUAACUAAUAGACUGAGUAGAAAGAUACAGUUUAUUUCGAAUAAGUAA